CCCGCUGGGCUGAGGGUGGGAGGAGGCGGCAGCGCUGGGCGCGGGGACUCGGCGGGCAGCGAGGAGCUCAGAACCAGAGCCAGACGCCGCCGCCGCUACCGCCACCUGCGCGGCCGUCAUCAAGAUGUCAUGGCACCCCCAGUACCGGAGCUCCAAGUUCCGCCAUGUCUUUGGCAAGCCAGCCUCCAAGGAGAACUGCUACGACUCUGUGCCCAUCACCCGCAGCGUCCAUGACAAUCAUUUCUGCGCUGUGAAUCCUCACUUCAUUGCGGUUGUGACUGAGUGUGCUGGUGGGGGGGCCUUCCUUGUCAUCCCCUUGCACCAGACAGGAAAGUUGGACCCCCACUACCCGAAGGUCUGCGGACACAGAGGGAACGUCUUAGACGUCAAGUGGAAUCCUUUUGAUGAUUUUGAGAUCGCCUCCUGUUCAGAAGAUGCCACGAUUAAAAUCUGGGACAUCCCCAAGCAGCUGAUGACAAAGAACCUCACAGCCUGCAAGAAGGAGCUGGUUGGCCACGCCCGCAGAGUGGGCCUGGUGGAGUGGCACCCCACAGCCGCCAACAUCCUCUUCAGCUCCGGCUAUGACUACAAGGUGAUGGUCUGGAACCUGGAUACAAAGGAGUCUGUAAUCAUGAGCCCCGUGAGGACCAUUACCUGUCACCAAGACGUGAUCCUCUCCAUGUCCUUCAACACCAACGGCAGCCUGCUGGCCACUGCCUGUAAAGACCGAAAGAUUCGGGUUCUCGACCCCCGAGCAGGGGCUGUGCUCCAGGAAGCCAGUUACAAGGGGCACCGGGCCAACAAAGUGCUGUUUCUGGGGAACCUGAAGAAGCUGCUGUCCACGGGCACAUCCCGAUGGAACAACCGGCAGAUGGCCCUGUGGGAUCAGGACGACCUCUCUGUGCCUCUCACGGAGGAGGACCUGGAUGGCUCCUCAGGUGUGCUGUUUCCCUUCUAUGACCCGGACACCAACAUGCUCUACGUGGUGGGGAAGGGAGAUGGAAACAUCCGCUAUUAUGAGGUGAGCGCUGACAAACCGCACCUGAACUACCUGACCGAAUACCGCUCCUAUAACCCACAGAAGGGGAUAGGUGUUAUGCCAAAGAGAGGUCUCGAAGUGUCCUCCUGCGAGAUCUUCCGCUUCUACAAGCUGAUUACAACCAAAAGCCUCAUUGAGCCCAUAUCCAUGAUUGUACCCCGACGGUCAGAAUCCUACCAAGAGGACAUCUACCCACCCACGCCAGGUGCCCAGCCCUCUAUGACGGCCCAGGAGUGGCUCAAUGGAAUAAAUAAAGGGCCAGUCCUGAUGUCCCUUAGGCCUGGCUCCGAGCUGCUGAGCCCCCGGCCUCUGCCCCCAGAGAGACCUCUCUCCAACUCCACAGCCCCCACCUCGCCUCGGCUCUUCAACCAGACAGAAAGGCUGGUUGCAGAAGAUGGCCAGAGGCCUUUCUCUCUGCUAGAGGAGAGGUCGCCAAAGUGGGCAACAGAACACAGGCUGGAGGAGAAGAAAAGUUGGCUCACAAAUGGCUUUGACAUCUUCGAAUGCCCCCCACCAAAGACAGAGAAUGAGCUGCUGCAGAUGUUCUAUCGGCAACAGGAGGAGAUCCGAAGGCUCCGAGAGCUGUUGACCCAGCGCGAGGUCCAGGCCAAACAACUGGAACUGGAGAUCAAAAACUUGCGGAUGGGCUCAGAAAGGUUCUGAGCAGAGGCCUCUGCCCUCCUCCGCCCUCAGGGACACCACUUGGCUCCACGUGGAGGUCCGGAACCAAACCGCAGGUUCCCCGAGACUGCCACAAUUUCUAUAUUUUUUACCAGAAGCAAAACUCUUGGUCGCUGAAAGAUUCCAGUGGGACCUGGUGCCGAUUUUCUAUUUGCCUUCUUGAAACAACAGUGUCUGAAUUGACUCUUCUUAGAUGAUGCCUUGCCUUCUGUUGAAUUGUUUUGAAGGGUCCAUGACAACUUCUCAAGGGGAAGAACACUGUAGAAAGUUAGAGCUGGAAGGACCUAGGAGGUGAACCUGCCUGUGGAUUUCAAACUGAGGUCCAUCGCAAGGGGUGAAGGCUAUGUGAAAAGCUAGUGCCCCCGACCCGCAUUCCAACCAGACAGCUCCCCUCCUCUGUUUUAUAUAUUGACUUCCAUGGGCUAUGUAAUUCUGCUACUAAAAGAAAAAAAAAUUAGAAGUUUGAAACCCAGUGAUGUGGCCCAACUUCCUUAUUUUACAGGUAGGGAAACUGAGACCCAGAGAAAGGCAAGUUAUCAAGGUCCCCAGAGAGUUCAUGGCACAGCUGAGCUGAGCUCCUGGUCUCCUGGGUCUGUCUGUUUGCUGUUUAUGCUGCAGCAGUUGUGCAAUUCUCAGCCCACGGGGCAGGAAUCUAUUGGUUCUGGCCUCAGCUGUGCCCCCAAGUUGCUCAGUGACCUCUUGCAAGUCACCUCCUCUUGGGUCUCACUUUCUUCAUCUAAACCAGGGGGCCCCAGGAAUGCACUGCCUUCUGUAGAAUCUGCCACCUGAGAUAAGAAACCUUGGCCAUGACUUGAGGAAAACUACAUGUAGGGUGAUGAUCUGGGUUUGCUGCAGGGACUCAAAAGACUUUGACAAAGGGCAGAGGAAGUUUACUUUCAGGGAAGUAACUCAAGGUUCAGCCUCAUCGUAGAACACAAACAGGAGGCCAUGCUUUUUUCACCAGAAUCAGCUACAUGUGGGUAGACACUAUUGCUCAUGUGGCGAUGCAGACAGCAGAGUGGUGCCCAGGACCACUGACAGCCACCACCAAAGUCCUCAGGGCAUAGAGCCUGCCUCCUCCAGGAUGAUGUAGGCAGAUAUCAGCUCAAAGUCACAGAAGAGAUUCCCCAGGAGAUAGGGAGCCCCCAGCACCGGAAGUGUUCCAGCAGAACUGAAUGGCCGCCCACCCAUGAGGGCUGCUGGAGAGGGAUGACUGCACUGGGCAAGGAAGUGGGACCAGAUGACCCUGACCUUCCCUUUCAGCCUGAGGGUUUUUCUGUGUCCCUCCUUUGUAAAUCGGUUUCUGAGCCCUGUCUCCAUGGUUCUCUUUUACAACAGCCCAGUAGAGACUGGGACGUUAAAUGUGCCCCUCCUUACCAAAGAGCUGCAGACGAUGAGUUUUGCCCAUUGCACAGGGCGAUCCUGGAGCUAAGAUGGGGACUGCAGGAGGCCACCUAGCCUGGUAGGUUUCAAGUCAGGCUGUACAUUAGAAUUCCCUUGGGAGCAUUUAGGAAAUGCCAGGGUCCAGACCCAACCCCAGACCAAUUGAGGCCCAAGCUCCAGAGUAGGGCCUGGCCUUGUGUAUGUUUUUAUAAGUUCCCAGGUGAUUCUGCAGUUCGGUGAGGAUAGAGACUCACUGGGCUGGUCCUAUCUGCAGUAAAGAUGAGAACAAUGAGCACCAGACAGGAUUUGGGACUCCAACCCGAUCUUCUAAGUCCAGGCUGGAAGCUCCUAAAAAAGUCAAGAAGCAUUGUCCUAGGUGUCUCGGACCCCCAGCUGCAACACAAUAAGGGCUCUGUGCUUCUGAUUUCCCCUUCCCUUAGCCAUGGCUGAGUCCCCUUGUCUGCCCACACAUACCAGAUGCCCACAUUCCUUGUGUUUACUCAGUCACUAGGGGCCCGCCAAGCUUGCCAAAGGCUAAAUCCCAGAAUUGUAGGGAGCAGAGCUUCACUGGAGGGGGCUACCUCUCUCACCUCAUUUGUGGCCGGCACUUUAGAGUUUACAAGCCCUCCCACCCCCACUCACUGACACAUCCUACUCUCCUAUGAGUCAGCUGGGUGUUGGUAUCUCCAAGAUCAGAAGGGAAGACCUAGCCCCAGAGAAUGAAGAAUCAUCAAGCCCACAGUACUGGCUGCAAAGCAUGGAGGUAGGGCUAGUCUGGGAGCUUCCCGCAUGCCUCCUCUGCCCAGAGCCAUCCCUUCCUUCUCAAGCUCUCCCCAUCCCUAAGGGACCUAGACUUCAUGCUUGAAAGCAAUGCGAAGGCAUCCAAGAACAAACUUCUUUUUCUUGUUUUGUUUUUUUUUUUUUUACAUCUACAAUAAAUUAUUUAAAUUAUUUCACAACAAGGGAGAGGGAUAGGUAAUUUUUAUCAGAUAUUUUUUUAAGCCAUUUUUUAAAAUUACAUUUUUGGUCUUGACUGAUGAAGUGGAACUCGCCCAGCCUUUGCGGGGCCCUCAGGCUCAGGGCAAGCAGAAUAUGUACUCAUCUCCUUACUCCAUGCCCUAAGAGCCCCCUGCCUGUUGACUCAGGACCUUUCUGAGAAUGAAGACAGCAUUGGGAGAUGAGCUUUGGGGUGUAUCCACCUCAGCUCUACAAUCAUUGGGAUUGUAUCAUAGAGGGAAGCGGGAAGUCAGAAAUCGAUCUAUGCUUUUAAUAAGAAACCGUGCCUGAAACAGUUUGAUUGUUUUAAUGUUGUUUCUGAAAUUCCUUGUACCUUUGUAAAAAAAAAAAAUAAAAGUGAAAAUAAAUAGAUGUGGAAUUGUGCAAUGGAAAGAAGGUAACAAAAUAAUAAACAACAUAUGCCUAGACAUUUUAA